CCCCCCCCCCCAAUCCAGAUUCCGCCCAAUAUAUUACUAUUCCAAUCUGAUCAGCAUCGCAGAUUCGUUAGUCGUAUUAGUUUAUCAAUUAAUCAGUCGCCACCCUUUCGUCGCCAUUAACGACCGCUUCCACUCCCCCUCCACGGUAGCCUGCCACCGCGUGGGUUGGCGGCUACAAAUCCCACUCCCGCCGCCGCCGCCGCCUCCACCACUGCCGUGUGCUGCACUGAGGGAGGGGAGGGGAGGGAAGGGAAGGGAAAAGGAAGGAGGAUGGUGCGGCUCCCGUACGUGACCGCGCUCACCACGCUCUUCAGCUACGGCCUCCUCUUCGCCUUCGGCCAGCUCCGCGACUUCUUCCGCAGGAUCCUCGACGCCCGCAAGCCCAACAACCUCAAGGGUUACGCGCCGAUUUGCUUGGGCCUGGAGGAUUUCUACACGCGCCGCCUCUAUCUCCGCAUCCAGGACUGCUUUUGCCGGCCAAUUGCCAGUGCGCCGGAUGCUUGGUUCGAUGUGGUUGAGCGCUACUCAAAUGACAGCAACAAGACACUCCACUGUACCACAAAAACAACCAAAUGCCUUAACUUGGGUUCCUAUAACUACCUUGGUUUUGCUGCUGCUGAUGAGUACUGCACCCCUCGUGUUAUUGAGUCGCUGAAGAAAUACUCUGCUAGCACUUGCAGUGUUCGAGUUGAUGGAGGCAACACUAAGCUGCACACAGAGCUUGAAGAGCUGAUUGCAAGAUUUGUUGGUAAGCCUGCGGCUAUUCUUUUUGGUAUGGGUUAUGUGACAAACUCUGCGAUCAUUCCUGCUCUUAUUGGGAAGGGGGGGCUGAUAAUUAGUGAUUCACUGAAUCAUAAUUCAAUAGUCAAUGGAGCUAGAGGUUCAGGGGCCACUGUUCGGGUCUUUCAGCAUAACAAUCCUGCACACUUGGAAGAGGUAUUGAGAGAGCAGAUUGCAGGAGGCCAGCCUCGUACACACAGGCCAUGGAAGAAAAUUAUCGUGAUUGUUGAGGGAAUUUAUAGCAUGGAGGGGGAGCUAUGCAAACUCCCUGAGAUUAUUUAUGUCUGCAAGAAAUACAAGGCUUACACAUAUUUAGACGAGGCACACAGUAUUGGAGCUAUUGGGAAAACAGGGAGAGGUGUAUGCGAGCUUCUAGGAGUAGAUCCAGCUGAUGUUGACAUUAUGAUGGGUACAUUUACAAAAUCAUUUGGAUCAUGCGGAGGUUACAUUGCUGCAUCAAAAGAGAUUAUUCAUCAUCUGAAGAAUACAUGCCCAGCCCAUAUUUAUGCAACAUCCAUGUCACCUCCAGCGGUCCAGCAGGUUAUUUCGGCUAUAAAGGUUAUCCUAGGGGAAGAUGGAACUAACAGAGGGGCCAAGAAACUUGCUCAUAUUCGAGAGAACAGCAAUUUCUUCCGUUCAGAGCUUCACAAAAUGGGUUUUGAGGUUCUUGGAGAUAAUGACUCACCCGUCAUGCCUAUCAUGCUUUACAAUCCUGCUAAAAUUCCUGCAUUCUCAAGGGAAUGCCUGAGGCAAAAUGUUGCUGUUGUUACUGUUGCAUUUCCUGCCACGCCACUUCUACUUGCCAGAGCUAGGAUAUGUAUCUCAGCUUCCCACUCCAGGGAAGAUCUCAUUAAAGGAUUGGAGGUUAUCAGCAAAGUUGGUGAUCUCGUGGGUAUCAAAUACUUUCCGGUUGAGCAAGAAAAGACCACGGCUGUUGAGAAACUGAAGAAGAUUUAAUGAACAGUCUGCUUCUGUUGUGCUAGGUUUACUGGGUCAUCCUUGUAGUUCAUCAUGUGCCUCGGUUUGGCCCUUCUGUGCACCUCAGGGCAACUUUUUGUGUACUUUUGUUUCUGAAGCAAUUUAGAUUUUGUACAGUGUGUAUCUUUUUUUAGGUAACAGUAGAGGAAACUCCUACUGUAGAAAAAUAUAUAUUAAAAAUAAAAAGAAAGAAUUGUACCAAAACAACAAAACCAGAAAGAAGGGAAGCGCCCGGACUGUAAAGGAAGCAACAACUCAAGAACAGACGCGCAGAAGAACUAGCUAAAAAAAGAAAUCCAGUCCAAAAACUUAGGCCUUUUGCCUUCUUUAAAUCUGUGGGAUUGCAACAGAGAUUCCUUUUUGAAGUUAUUUUGCCAAAGUUGGAAAUUUGGCAGUUUUUGUUCAAA